AUGAAGAGACGAGCUGUGGAUUUCGCUUUUGCGCUUCUUCUUCUAGUGGAUUUGGUUCAGGCUCUCGCCAUCCCUAAGAUGCACCCUGAUAAACUGCUCCGUGGGAGGAAAGCUCGGGACGGUGGGGCCAGACACGCUGCACAGAGGCACCGCUUUAACAGUCUGCCGCACUACAUGAUCCAUCUCUACCGGGUCAUGCUGAUCGAAGACCAGAUCAGUACUCAGGCUGACAGCGUGCCCCACACUUGGAACGAAGAAAAUCUUCACAGCUCCGAUUCUGUGAUCAGCCUGGUCGCUAAGAGCUGCCAGCAGAUUGGCAGGAGAUGGUCCCUCACUUUUGACAUGUCCUCCAUGUCUGCAAGCGACAUUGUCCAGCUGGCUGAGCUUCGCAUCCGCCUGCCAGCUUUUAAAGAAUCUUCCAGCGCUUCAAUAGACAUCUACCAUUCCCACAGUGAGCGGUGCAUGCACUGCCCCGAGAAUAGGCUGCUUCUUGGCCACCUUAGAGUUCAUCCCAGUUCACUGAUGUCGCCGUCCUCCUGGAAAGUGUUCAACAUGACGCACAUAGUCCAUCGCUGGUUGCAGCAUCGGGGGCAUUUCGCAAAGAGGAUGGGGGAAGAGAAGCCAGAGGAGAGAGAGCAGGAGCAUGAAUUAUUUCAGCACCUUACAGCUGACAGGGUCAUCAUGGUGGUCUUCUUAAAGCAUGAAGCAAAGGACCAGCGAGUACCAAUGCUCAUCCGCACAGCAAAGCACUCCAAGUACGCUGGUCUGGGCAGGGAGCACGUACCCUCCAGGAUGAGGAGUAGCAGAGAAAAGAGGGACCAGCAGACCCAGCAGCAGAGAGAGGAGGGUGGGAGAGAUGCUCCCAGCGACAAGGCAACACAAGAGGAGAAAAAGGAUCAUCUGUGCAGGAAGGUGGACAUGUGGGUGGACUUUGAGAAACUCGGCUGGAGUGAGUGGAUUGUCUAUCCCAAACAAUACAACGCUUAUCGCUGCAAAGGGACCUGUCCCACACCAGUAGAUGAGACCUACACCCCUACUAACCACGCAUACAUACAGAGCCUGUUGAAUUAUCAUCAUCCAGACAAGGCACCCUGUCUGUCUUGUGUGCCCACACACCUGGCACCAAUCUCCAUGCUGUACUUCGAAGAUGGAAAGAUGGUCAUGAGGCAUCAAGACGACAUGGUGGUGGAGGAGUGUGGCUGCCAAUGA